AUGGUCGAGGAAUAUGAUGUGGUCGUAGUCGGUGCUGGCCCUGUGGGUCUCAUGUUUUCUGCCUGCCUGGCUCGACUUGGGUCAUAUAAGAUCAAACACAUUGACAACCGUACCGAGCCAACGAGCAUUGGACGCGCAGAUGGCAUUCAAGCCCGUACCUUGGACGUGCUGAGCAGCAUGGGUCUGAAGAGACCCAUCUGGGCGUACAAUCCGGGCCUGAUUUACGAGGUUGCUUUCUGGGGAGCGACUGCUGAUCGAAAUGGCAUUCAGCGCACAGGGACCAGCAAGAGUUAUCCUGAUCAUAUUGACACUCGCUAUCCAUUCACUACUAUUCUGCAUCAAGGUCGCAUCGAGAGCAUAUUCCUCGACGAUCUACGCGCGCGAGAUGUGGAAGUACAACGGCCGUGGACGAUUCGCGCCGCGAACUACCGCGGUCCUGGGUUUGAGCACCCCCUCGAUGUGGAGUUGGUCAGCACUGAUGGCUCGGCCACGGAGACCGUCAGGGCCAAAUAUCUAUUUGGUGCAGACGGAGCGCGGAGCACUGUGCGAGCGCUACUAAACAUUCCCAUGGUCUAUAAGGAUCCGACAGUGCACGUGUGGAGUGUGAUUGAUGGUGUGGUGAGAUCGGAUUUCCCAGACAUGCAGUUGAAAUGUAACAUACGAUCUCCCCGCGGUUCUUGCAUGAUCAUUCCGCAAGGUAACAAUCGCGUGCGCAUUUACGUCCAGAUUUCACCUGAAGAAGGGCAGGAUCUAUCUGUCGAGGCUUCACAGACGAAGAUCCAGCUCAUGGCCAACGAAAUUCUCAGUCCGUAUCGCGUUGAAUGGGAGUCUGUCGACUGGCACUCGGCCUACCGUAUUGGUCAGGGCAUAUCGCAGCGUUACUCUCUGAACAAUCGAGUCUUUAUUGGUGGCGAUGCCUGUCACACUCAUAGUCCCAAAGCUGGCCAGGGUAUGAACUACGGCAUUCUGGACUCCCACAACCUGGCCUGGAAGCUUCACCUCGUAGAGUCAGGCCUCAUGCGCCUCGAGUUACUUCAGACAUACGAGGAGGAACGCCGCGCAGUAGCCUCACGUUUGAUCGAGUUUGACGCGGCAUAUGCAAGUCUUUUCAGCUCGCACAAUCCCUCUCAGCAGACCAACGAUGAGUUCAUUCGUAUCUUCAAGAAGAACUCUCUGUUGACCAGCGGGUACGGGGUGGAAUACCCGCCCAAAAUUCUCAUCCGCGCCGGCAACGCCGUUAACUCCUCUCGAUCUUCGCCAAGCGCGCUUCGGCCUGGGCGUAGCUUUCCCCUGCUCAAUGUUACCCGGGUCAUCGACGCGUGUGAGAUCCCGCUGGAGCGCGAGGUUCCCUUCAACGGCAGCUUCCACGUGUACGUCUUUGCGGGUGAACGGAACCAACACCAGCAGCGCGCGCUCGAGGCUCUGGCAUCUCAUCUCUCGCGCCAUGACUCUAUUCUCUCUCAGGUGUCAGACAUUGCGAGCGACCCGAACAUGUCGUAUGACAGACGACACAACCCACACUCGGCACUAUUCACAUUCUCGAUUGUGUUCAAUGCAAGUCGCGAGUCCGUUGAAAUUGCGUCGUUGCCUCGCUUCUUCCAAAACUAUCGCUAUCAUAUCUACUCGGAUGAUGCACGAAGCCGCAAGUCGCACGUUGGGCAGCUGGGUGCAGCGCAUGCUAAGUUGGGACUGAACCCGCAGGAAGGGGGGUUGUUGUUGUGCGUCCUGAUGGUUAUGUCGGGUCUGAUGGAUGGUAGAGUGGCGGCAGAGGAGUUGGAGAAGUACUUUUCUGGUAUUGUGCCCUCUGGGCAGUCUAAUGAGACUGUUUUCAGCAUGUUAUAG